AGUCCAUUGCAUUUGGAUUUAAACCCAAACCCAGACCAUUUACCAAGAACCCAGGGGUCUUAGCUUCACUUCCAAGUUCCAACUACGCAAGCAGCUCGCCAUUUCUCCGGUACACAGCCACCGUCCUCCCCCGCCACAACCUCCUCGUAUUCCCCGCCGUCUCCACUUUCCGGUCAUGACACCAUUUGAAGUGAUAUCAUCAGAUGAUUCUGAUAUUGAAGAUGUUAAACCAGAUGUUGAUAUUGACCAGCUACUCGGCACCGAAUGUGUGGCUCACCCACCUCUUAAUGAAUUGUCUGAAGAUGAACUGAUUAGAAGUUCAAGAAUGUACCAAGAAUACAUGCAGACACUAUCCAUCCCUUCCCUACACUGCUCUGUCAUUCCAUUUACCUCAUGGAUGGGAUUAGCAGCUUCGCUUAAGAGGCUCUACGGGCAGCCACUACAUUACCUCACCAACAUUCAGAUGAAGCAGUGGGACCGAGUGAGAAUUGGGGCCCACGAUGAAGACGUUCCGCUGGACACCAUAAUCCAUCCCAGUAAAGCCGAAGCCACGAUCUGGGCCAUUGAAGACGUUCAUAGGCGUACCACUUCUCAUCUCCAUCUGGCAAAACUCUGGCAAAGUGAUCCCAGGCAUCACGCCUUCGUUGACCCCAUUGUUCCAAAGCUUCAAACCUUGUCCAAGUAAGGUCCUUUUUUUGGCAGGCUUAGCUAAACUUUUAGUUGCAAGAUUUGGGUAUCUAUUUUGACUUCAUUUCGUCAGUUAAUGUUCCAUUUGUGUGAGUUUGUUCUUCUACUUAUAAAUUGAGAAGUGAUCUGAAACCGUAAUUAGCCAACCAAAUAGUGCAUUCAUCUCCCUCCCCUUCGGCCAAUUAACAAACAGGGCCUUUGAGUAGAUAUUUUUUUUCGAGAAACACAAAUUCGUAUUUUUUCCGUGUCUGUGCUUUCAAGGGGACGCGGUUGUUGAUUUAUAUGCCAAAAAAAUGAAUUCCUCUAUAGAGAAGGAACAUACUUCGUAAUAUGGAUAAAUUUGGUUCUUUGGGGGAACAUUUUCUUUCUUCUCUAUGCUCCUUUCUAGACUUAUUUU